CUUGCCUGAAAACCUGAGGGACCCAGCUGGCGCCGAAAGGACGCGAGCCCAACCUUAGCCCCACACCCGGGGUACGAACCUGCUCCCGGCGGGCGCGGGCCGCCCUCGUUCCCCACCCUCGCUACUAUGUACAACGCAGCUAUGUGGGCCACCCUGCGGUUAGCUUUGCGGCCCUGCUUCCGCGCCGCUGCCCCGGGGCAGCGCGCCUAUCACGGGGACUCGGUGGCGGCGUUGGGCACCCAGCUGGACUCGGGCUCUGCCAUCUACCAGGAGAACUACGAGCAGAUGAAAGCACUAGUGAAUCAACUCCAUGAACGAGCACAGUAUAUAAGACUAGGAGGUAGUGAGAAAGCCCGAGCACUGCACACCGCAAGAGGGAAACUCUUACCCAGAGAAAGAAUCGACACCCUUGUAGACCCAGGGUCUCCAUUUCUGGAAUUUUCCCAGUUUGCAGGUUACCAGCUAUAUGGUAAUGAGGAAGUCCCUGCAGGUGGCAUCAUUACAGGCAUUGGAAGAGUAUCAGGAGUAGAAUGCAUGAUUGUUGCUAAUGAUGCCACUGUGAAAGGAGGUACCUACUACCCAGUGACUGUGAAAAAACACUUGCGGGCACAAGAAAUUGCGCUGCAAAACAGGCUCCCCUGCAUCUACCUGGUGGAUUCGGGAGGAGCCAACUUACCUCGACAAGCUGAUACGUUUCCAGACCGAGACCACUUUGGCCGCAUAUUCUAUAAUCAGGCAAUUAUGUCUUCUAAAAGUAUUACCCAGAUAGCAGUGGUCAUGGGUUCCUGUACAGCAGGAGGUGCUUAUGUGCCUGCAAUGGCGGAUGAAAACAUCAUCGUACGCAAGCAGGGUACCAUUUUCUUGGCAGGACCUCCUUUGGUUAAAGCGGCCACUGGUGAAGAGGUGUCUGCUGAAGAUCUUGGAGGUGCUGAUCUUCAUUGCAGAAAAUCUGGAGUCACUGACCACUAUGCUUUGGAUGAUCGUCAUGCCCUUCACUUGACUAGGAAGGUUGUGAGGAGUCUGAAUUAUCAGAAGAAAUUAGAUGUUACCAUUGAACCUUCUGAAGAGCCUUUAUUUCCUGCUGAUGAGAUGUAUGGAAUAGUUGGUGCUAACCUUAAGCGGAAUUUUGAUGUCCGAGAGGUCAUUGCUAGGAUUGUGGAUGGAAGCAGAUUCAACGAGUUCAAAGCCUUGUAUGGAGACACAUUAGUUACAGGAUUUGCUCGAAUAUUUGGAUACCCCGUAGGUAUAAUUGGCAACAAUGGAGUUCUGUUUUCUGAAUCUGCAAAAAAGGGCGCUCACUUCGUCCAGUUAUGCUGCCAAAGAAAUAUUCCUCUCCUGUUCCUCCAGAACAUCACUGGAUUUAUGGUUGGUAGAGAGUAUGAAGCUGAAGGAAUUGCCAAGGAUGGUGCCAAGAUGGUGGCUGCUGUAGCCUGUGCCAACGUGCCUAAGAUAACCGUCAUUAUUGGGGGAUCAUACGGGGCUGGAAACUAUGGGAUGUGUGGCAGAGCAUAUAGCCCAAGAUUUCUCUACAUAUGGCCAAAUGCUCGUAUCUCAGUGAUGGGAGGAGAGCAGGCAGCCAAUGUGUUAGCUACAAUAGCAAAGGACCAAAAAGCACGAGAGGGUAAACAGUUCUCCAGUGCUGACGAAGCAGCUUUAAAAGAGCCGAUCAUUAAGCGGUUUGAAGAGGAAGGGAACCCUUACUAUUCCAGUGCAAGGCUGUGGGAUGAUGGGAUUAUCGAUCCAGUGGACACCAGAUUGGUCCUGGGUCUCAGUAUUAGUGCAGCCCUCAACGCCCCCAUCCAGAAGACUGACUUUGGCAUUUUGAGGAUGUAGCUGGAAUAUAAAAUCUAUUCCGUUGGACAUGUACCCAAAAUUAUCACAUGUAACCUUAAAAUUUUAGAUAUUUUGAACAUGUGACUGUUUCUGUGAUUUUUGUUGUUAACAUGGUGCAUUGUACUUUUCUACC